AUGGCUAAGUGCUACAUGUUGGCUUCUAUGUCAUCAAUACUCAAGCAUCAGCAUUCUGCCAUGAAAACUGACGCCGAGAUUAUGACAAAUCUCGCAAAUCUUUUUGGUACUCAGAAUCGAACGCCUAAGUCUCAAGCUUUUCGGAGUAUCAUGACGAAGACUAUGAAGGAAGGCUCGUCAGUGAGGCAACACGUCCUCGAGAUUAUGAGUCACCUCAACCAGAUUGAGGUUUUGGGAGGGACGAUCGAUCCCGAGUCCCAGUUCAAGCUCAAAUUCGAGAUGAACAAGCGGAAUUACACUUUGGCAGAGCUGAUGACUGAACUUCAGUCGGCGGAGGACCUUAUGGUUCAAGCUAAGGUAGCUAUGCUUUGA